AUGAGAUCCAGUCCUGGCAACAUGGAGAGGAUAGUCAUCUGCCUGAUGGUCAUCUUCUUGGGGACAGUGGCCCAUAAAUCAAGCUUCCAAGGCCAAGAUCGCCUCUUGAUUAGAAUGCGUCAACUUAUAGAUAUUGUUGAUCAGCUGAAAAAUUAUGUGAAUGACUUGGAUCCUGAAUUUCUGCCAGCUCCAGAAGAUGUAAAGAGACACUGUGAGCAGUCGGCUUUUUCAUGUUUUCAGAAGGUUCAACUAAAGUCAGCAAAUGCAGGAGACAACGAAAAGAAAAUCAAUGUAUUAAUUAAACAGCUGAAGAGGAAACUACCUCCCACAAAUGCAGAGAGAAGACAGAAACACAGACCAACAUGCCCUUCAUGUGAUUCUUAUGAGAAAAAACCACUCAAAGAAUUCCUAGAAAGACUGAAAUCACUCAUCCAAAAGAUGAUUCAUCAGCAUCUCUCUAGAACACAUGGAAUAUGA